AUGAGUUUCUUUGUGGUGCCAUCAGUUUCUUAUCAAACUCAACAAAAAUUAAAAAAGCAUAAAGAAAAAAAAGAUGAAAAGAAAGAAGAAAAGAAAUUGAGAAAAGAAGCAGCUGCAGCAGCUGCCGCGUCUUCUGGGGCAUCAAUUAUUGAUCAACAAAGUAUUCAUAAACAUCAUUCCCAUGGACAUUCACAUUCUUCAAGAGGAAGUAAUAGUAGUGAAUCAAGUAAAAAGAAAAAAAAAUCUAGUGGAUGGAGUAUAAUUAGUGGAAGAUCUUCAACAAGUUCAAAAGAAUCAAAGGAAUCAAAAGAUAAUGAUGAUUUGAGAUCUGUUUUUUCAGGUUCAGCUCCAAAAGAUUCUUCUUCUUCAAUGAUUGAUCAAGUAUCUUCAUACUCAAAUGAUCAAAACGUUGAUGAAAAUGUAUCUUUGUAUCUGUCUCAAUCUAGUAGACCACCUGCAUUGAAUCCAGUAAAAUCUCCUUCAUCAUUAGGUAAUGAAAAAAGAUUUGAACAAGAACUUACGCCUGAAGAAUCAAGUGAAAAAGAGUCAACUCCAAAAUUGGAACAAUCCAAUACCUCAGAAUCAAUACCGACCACCACCCCACAACAAGAUGAAGAAGAAACACCAUCAUUAAUUGCUUCAAAGUAUGGGAAAUCCAUGAGUCAAAACACCUUCAAACAAUACAAAUCUUUGUCAGCACCAACAUCACACACAAUCUCAGCACCUUCAAAACCAACAAAUACUUCAACAUCUCCCAUAUCACCAAUUUCACCAAUGACACCUGCUGCAACUUUUUCUCAUCAUUCAUCAAUUCCUUAUUCACCACAUAGUGUAAGACCUAGAACUAAUUCAGCUUUCUCACCAUCGAAUACAUCAGUUCCUACAUCCCAAAAUCCCACACAUACUCAACAACAUCCACAUUAUUUACAAAACCACGCGUUCCAUAGAAAUAAUUCUUUAACUCCUUCAUCAAGUUAUACUGGAUCUCAUUUAAUGCCAACUUUUUCAAAUUCGAAAGAAUCAAAACAUACAUUUAGAAAAUUAUCAUUUUUGGGAUCAAAUAUGAAAAGAAAAGAUAGUUCAACUUCUUUAGGUGCUCUGCCUGGAUCUGAAUCUCCAGGUUCAAGUAUUAAUUCUCAAACGACUAAUUCAUAUUUCCCAGAUCAAACUACAAAUGAAGAUAUAAAAACCAUCCCCCCUUUUAAACCAUUAUUAGACCUAUCAGUUUUUAAUUCACCUGAAGAAAUGCAAAAAUUUUUAUUAACUCCUGCUUAUCAAGUUUUUAGAUAUAAUAGUUUUUUAUCAGUAGUAAGUUCAUAUCAUUCAAGUGAUGCCCUUAAUUUUGCAAAAGUUAGAAAUCAUUCAUUAUUUAGAUUUAUUAUUAGACAACAAAGAGCAAAAAAAUUAAUUUUAAAAAAUGGUUUACAUAAUCCUGAAAAUUUUAUGGAUUUAUCAUCAACUGAAAAUAUUUUAGCUUAUUAUUUAUAUGCUAAAACAAGAUCAUUUUUAAGAUCAUUAAUUAAAGAAUCUUCAAUAAAUCAACAAUUAUAUAAUCAUGAAGAAUUAGUACAAAGUAAUUUUGUUAAUUAUGUUCGAUAUUUAAUUAAUUUACCUGAAUCUCCAGAAUCAUUGGAGUUGACUGAAAUUGAUAAAACUCAUUAUGAAUUUAAAUCCAUAUUUAGUACAAUUGCAAAUGCAUUAUAUCAAUUAAAACGUGAUGAAACUACUGAAAUUAUUUCUUCAGAAACUACAAAAGCUAUAAAAGUUAAAUUAUUAUUAGAAUGUAUUACAAAAGUUUCAUAUGAAUAUAUUUUAUUAGAAAAAUAUAGAUUUGAUAUGUCAAUGAAAUUUCAUAAUAAUCAUUUAAUUGAUGAAAGACCUUUAAUUCAAUUAUUUGAUAUAUACAAGCAUCAUAUAAAAUUAAGAAAUAAAGAAAGUCCAAAAGUAUUACUUUUUAAUAGUUCUAAUUCAGUACAAUAUGGUUGGUAUUUAUCAAUAACUAUACCAUUUGUUAGAUUUAUUGAAUCUCAUAUAUAUACAGAAUCACCUACAAUUUGUCAAGAUUAUGAAAAAUAUAAAAAAUUGGAAGAAUCAACUAUAAAAACAAAUUUUAUAAAAAGUGAUAUUGAAUUAUUUGAUGAAUUCUUUAAUAAAUUAAAUUUGACAAGUUAUCAAGAAUAUAAUUCAAUGAGUAUGGAUUCAUUAGUUAAAUUAAAUAAAACAAUUGAAAAUCAAUCAACUAAAUUUUCUCAAAUAAAUAGAAGAGAAAUUCCUGAUCCUUCAAAUGCUUUUACUUAUAAACCAAUGAAUUUUGAAUAUUAUAACAAGAGUUUAUCAACUAUAAAUGAUGAAACUUUUAAUUUAAUUCAAUGUCAAGAUUUACCUUUUCAAGUUAAAAAAGAAAAUUACAAGACUAUACUUCGAGAAUUUUAUAGAAUUUUAAAACCUGGUGGAUAUUUUGUUUGUGAUUCUAUUCAUUUUGGUUCCAAAACAACAGAAGAAUUUAAAUUAAAACAUAAAGAUGGUAAAUUCCCAACAGCAUGGAAUUAUAUUGAUUUUUCAUUAUUAAAAUAUUUUGAAGCAAUACCAAAUUUUGUUGAAGUUAUAUUACAAGAAUUAUCCCAAAUUUUUGGAAAGGGAAAUGUUAAAUUUAGUAUAACGCUUUUAAGUUCAGUAACUGAAGUUAAUAAAUUUUUAUUAAAAUUUGGAGGAAUGAAAUUAUAUGAAUUAGUUGGUAAAUUUGAUGAAUAUUGUGAAUUUUUUGAAGAUAAUGAAAAUUUAAGAAAUGUUAAUGAAUCGAGUAUUCAUUUUGGUGUUCAUAUUGAAGCUAGAAAAAAUUGA